AUGCUCGCUUUUUUCGGAAAACGUAGUGGUGUAUAUUUUAAAUUUGUAUGUCGUCUUCAACAAGGAGCGAAGAUUUUCGCUUCGACUGUUGGUCAAGUCAAAGCUAAUGGAAAUCAAUGUAGACGAUUGAGUCAACGUAUUGAUUAUGUUAUCGAAGAUAUACUUAAAAAAUCAGAUGUUCUCCACCAAUAUCCUGAGACGAUCAAGACAUUAGAACGUUUGGAAUCAAUCAUUCAGCAAUGCCAAGAUUUGAUAAAGGAAUUCACAAAUGACUUGACCUGGUAUAAGAAAAUAUUUUAUCAUCAAAAUUAUAAAGAUCAAUUUGCAUCGUUGAACCAGCAAAUCGAACAAUGCACAAAAGAUCUUCAUCUUUCAAUAAGUUUACAAAGUUUAUUCAACCGUAAAGAAGAUGAAAACGAUCAACAAAAAGACAUGAAUGAAAUACAUACAAAAUUAGAUGAAAUAGUUCAAUUGAUGGUUAGACAACAAGAAAGCAUAGAAAAUCUUCUCAAUAAACAAUACGCUUCUUUUCGACACCAUCUAGAUCAGAAUCUUCGGAAAACAACUGAUGUACGUGUAGCUCAGGCAAUAGAACAACAGGUACAACACUUUUUGCCGAUUCCAUUUUAUGAUUUACGUGUUGAAAAAUGUAUAGGACAAGGUGGAUUUGCUGAUGUUUAUCGUGGUGUUUGGUUAAGUCAACAGCAUGAAGUCGCUAUCAAAAUUAUACGUGUAACCCAUUUAACAGAUAGUGUCACUCAAGAAUUUAUGCGUGAGAUUCAUAUUAUGCACAAGAUUCGUUGUGAUCAUGUAUUGAAUGUAUUUGGUGCUUGUAUGGAACCACAAGUAUAUGCACUUGUUAUCGAAUAUAUGGAACUGGGUUCUUUAUUUGAUGUUCUACAGAAAAAGAAGAUUCAGUUUACUUGGCCAGAUAGAUGGUCAAUUGCUCUUCAAAUGGUUAAAGGCAUCAAUUAUCUUCAUCAUCUCCAACCGCCUGUUGUUCAUCGUGACAUAAAAUCAUUAAAUUUCCUGUUGAAAGAAGGAGCACGUCAACAGUUUCUUAUUAAAGUAGGAGACUUUGGUUUAGCUGAUAUACGACAAGAAACAAUAAGACAAACAAAUUGUAAUAACAUCACUCCGCCGUCGACUAUAGGAACUGUCCAAUGGUUAGCACCUGAACUAUUCGCUUUUGGCCGACCAACAUUAGCUAGUGACGUGUUUGCCUUGGCCGUUGUUUUUUGGGAAUUAGCUACUGGCCUGAUACCUUAUGAACAUUCUAACGAAUCGGUUAUUCGCCUGGGUGUAUGUCAUGGAGAGCGGUUACCUAUUCCAACAGAAGUACCAGAUCAAUUUCGAGAUAUUAUUACAAGAGCAUGGGCUCAAGAUCCAAAUACACGAUCGACAUGUCCAAUGAUCAUCGAUGCCAUUACAUUAUCAAUUCUCAAUAUCAAUGAGCAUCAAAUGGAUUCUUCUGCAUUAGUCGAUCAUCAAGAAGAACAAAUUCAAAGAGAAAAGAGUAAAUUUCAACAACUUGGAAUUACUGUCGCUGGUGGAAAUGAUGAUGGACCGGAAUUAAAUCAACUUUCUUACCCUCAAGGGAUCUUUAUUGAUAAUGAUAAAUCACUUUAUAUUGCUGAUUCUGAGAACCAUCGUAUUGUUAAAUGGAAAUUGAAUUCAAAUACUGGUGAAAUCAUUAUAGGUGAAAAUGGAAAAGGAAAUCAAAAUAACCAAUUGAAUGAACCAAGAGAUAUAAUUUAUGAUAAAGAAAAUAAUUCUUUUAUUAUUUCUGAUGCUGAAAACAAACGAGUAAUUCGAUAUAUUAUUCAAAAUCAACAAACUAGACUACCAAGUAUUAUUCGAUAUUUUAUUCAAAAUCAAACAAAUGAACAAAUUAUUAUAUCAAAUAUUAAAUGUUGGGGUCUGACGAUUGACAACAAUGGAUUCAUUUAUGUUUCUGAUUGUGAAAAUCAUGAAGUAAGACGAUGGAAACAAGGAGAUGAAAAAGGUGAAUUAGUUGCAGGUGGAAAUGGUCAAGGAAAGCAACUUAAUCAACUCAAUAAACCUACUUUUAUCUUUAUUAAUGGAGAUUAUUCUCUUUAUAUAUCAGAUACAGACAAUCAUCGUGUAAUGAAAUGGGAAAAAGAUGCAAAAGAAGGAAUUAUUGUUGCUGGUGGAAAUGAUAAAGGGAAUGAUCUCAAACAAUUGUCUUAUCCUCGAGGUGUGAUUGUUGAUCAUUUGGGUCAAAUCUAUGUAGCUGAUUGUGGGAAUCAUCGAAUAGUACGUUGGUGUGAAGGAGAUGAAGAAGGGGAAAUUGUUGUUGGUGGAAAUGAUAAAGGAAAUCAAUCAAAUCAAUUGCAUUAUCCCAAAGGUUUAUCAUUUGAUAAUGAAGGAAAUCUUUAUGUUGUUGAUGAGGAAAAUCAUCGAAUCCAAAAAUAUGAAAAAAUUAUAAAUUAA